AUGGAUCUCAUGAAUCGGGUGUGUAAGCUGUAUCUGGAUAAGUUCGUGAUUGUUUUUAUUGAUGACAUCCUUAUAUACUCGCGAACCAAGGAUGAGCAUGAGCAACAUCUGCGAGCUAUUUUGGAACUCUUGAAGAAGGAACAACUAUAUGCGAAACUUUCAAAGUGCGGAUUUUGGAUUCGCGAGGUGCAAUUUCUAGGUCAUGUGGUGAAUGAGAAUGGAAUUCAUGUCGACCCUGCCAAGAUUGAGUCGAUUAAAAAUUGGGAAGCACCUAAGACCCCAACUGAGAUACAACAAUUUCUGGGAUUAGUGGGUUACUACAGACGAUUCAUAGAGAACUUUUCAAAGAUUGCCCAACCGCUAAUGUCCCUAACCCAGAAGGAUAAGAAGUUUGAGUGGGGUGAGAAACAAGAAACGGCAUUCCAACUGUUGAAAGAUAAGCUUUGUGACGCACCAAUUUUAUCCUUACCCGACGGUACCGAUAGUUUUGUGGAAGCGCUUAAGCCGGAUAAUCUACUAGCCGAAUCAUUGCGUGGAAUGGAAGCGCAAUUGGUGCCAAAGGAAGAUGGAACAUUGUACUUCAUGGAGUGA